GCUAUGUGGACAUUUGCAGAUGGAAGCAUUUUCAAGAACCAAGGAUUUUCCAAAAAUCAUCGAGGCAUAUUCAAGGCCAGUUCGAAUUAUACGUGGAAAGAAAAUUGAGUCUGCUUGGGAGGUCGAUGCAAGCGUAUUCGAGAAAGACGAAGAAAAAGCCCUGUGGAGCGCCUACUUGGAGGUUGCCAAUAAGAUCCAUCCUGGCGUCGACGUCAAAACCUUCGCCGAGUCUUCUUUGCUCUUGAUACAGCCCCUGGAGGAUUUCUUCAACAACGUUUUCGUCAUGGCGGAAGAUGAGAAGAUCCGUAACAACCGCCUGGCGCUGCUACAAAAGGUUGCGAGUCUGACAAAGGGGAUAGCCGACCUCUCGGUUUUACCAGGGUUUUAGUUUGAAGUUGGAGCCAUUUCUUUUAUAUUUGUUACUGGUCAUUAAUUUUGGGGGAAAUUACUGGGAGAAGAAUGAGAAUGUAAUUACAAGGGUUUCUGUAUUAAUUA